AUGCCAAAUCUGAGGACAACGUUUACAAAUAUACCACCGACCUCUAAAGCAAUAGCGUUUAUAAUAAUAUGUUCAUCAGGGCUUGGAGUGUUACAAAAUGUUAAACAAUGGCUGAAUAUAGGACCUACUUCCCCUCCAAGUCUCUCACAAGGCUUGGCUCUUGUACCAAAUUCUGCACUUUGGGAAUUUUGGACGUUUAUAACCGCGAGUUUUUAUGAAACAAAUUUAAUAAACUUCAUAGGAAGUGUUCUUACAAUACUUGGAAUGGGAAAAUAUUUAGAGAGAGCAUGGGGAUCUAGAGAGUUUUUAAAAUUUAUAGGAAUUGUGAUGAUCGGAGCCAAUAUAUGUGUCGUUCUAACAUAUUUAUGUGAAUAUGCUAUCACAGGAUCUCCAUUUUACUUAUUUCGUGUAAUAAAUGGUAUGAAUGGGUUGAUUAGCGGAUUUUUAGUAGGAUUAAAACAAUUGAUACCAGAACAUUUAUUAAAACCAGUUAAAGGGUCAUCGUUAUGUAGAGUAAAGCAUUUACCAAGUUUAUUUAUAAUCGUGAAUUUUGUGUGCUUUUUAUUGUUUGAAUCACAAACACAAUUACUUCUAGUAUUUUAUGGUAGCUUGAUUUCUUGGGUGUACUUGAGAUUUUUUAAAUAUCAAGAUGGUUUACGUGGAGAUCGUAGUGAAACCUUUUCCAUGGCCAGUUUCUUUCCGGAAUUUAUUCAACCUGUCGUGAAAAUCAUUUCUAACAUCGUAUUUAACCUUUUGGUAAUGUUAAAAUGUUGUAAACCGAUUUCAAAGAGGAGAUUUCCAAUAGACUUGGAAAACCUUCCAACGACUUAUAUACCAUCCAUGCCAGGUAGUCAAAGGGCUGAAGCGGAAAGAAGAAGGGCGUUGGCAUUAAAAGCAUUGGAUGCCAGAUUACAUAACAAAUCAAAUUAUGACCCAAUGUCACCACCGCCAUUUACCUCGUCACCAUCAUCUUAUACUGCUUCUUCAUCUGAAAACGUUAAUGGAAUCACCACACAACCAAAUGAUGUUUUAUUUGAUGCAAAAGACCAUUUAAAACGAGACUUGUAA